UCUCAAGUGACCUUCAAAACGUAGGCGGAGACAAAACCACGCUUCUGUUACUGUUGCAAUAACUCGUGUCUAGAGAAAAUAAAAACCAGAUUGUUUUCUCCUCCAGGUUCCGACUGCACAGUGUGGAUUAGUGUAUUGUAAAGCGUAUGAUAAAUAUGGAUGCCUUUGUAGAAGCUUUUUUCGCCAUAGAUCAAGAUCACUCAGAAACUAUCACAACAGAUGAAUUGCAAGUGUACAUGGUGAAAAAUGAUAUGGAUCCUGCUUUUAUAGCGAGAUGGCAAGAGUUAUUUGAUCCACAAAAAACGGGAAUAAUAACACUUUCCAAAUUUUGUGAUGUGUUAGGAUUGGAAUUGGAAGCUAUACGAUUCAAAUAUGUUGAACAAGAAGAAUCAAAAUUAGCGGCUGAUUUACAGUCUUCAAUGGCGAAUGAACAUGAAUUUCAAGAGAAUGACAAAACUAAUAGCCUUAUGAAUAAUACAAAUGAUUUAAAUCAUGAAUCACCAAAUGAACUCAUCAAAUCAACUGAUUAUGAAGAAAUCUCUGGUGAUAUGCCUGCAGAAUUGAAAGAAACAAUCUUCACUUUAGUUACUGAAGGUGAACAUAUUUACAAUGAUAAUGAUAAGGAACUAGUGAAAUGGAUCAAAUUACGUUUAGACAAGCAUUACAAACGUUUAUGGCAUUGUGUCAUUGUACGAGGUCGAUAUGCAUCAUUUUAUUCAUAUCAACCGGGUUGUUCAUUUUGUUUUCGUCAUGGACCACGUGUUUUUCUAAUGUUUAAAACGCCGAAUACUUAAAGAAAAGGAGAACUUAUCAUUUCUAUGUUUGUUUGUGUAUUUGUAUUCGUUUCUACAUAUCAUCAUGGAUUACUAUUAUUUAACCGCCUAUACAUUCUUAACAACGACAACACACAUCAAGCAUGAUAUUGGAUAAAACAUAACAACUCUAUCAAGAGGAAACAUUGUGAAUCAAUUUUCAAUUAUUACUGAUUUUAAUUCGGUUGUAUAAUUUAAAAUCAACGAAAAAAUAUGUUUCCUCUUAUGCAGAUGAAAUUCUGUUGUCUUUUUAUAUUGAAAACAUUGGAUUUUUAAUUUUUAUUGAUUAUUAUUAAGGUUGUUUUGUUUUACUCGCUAUUUGCUGUGCUUGGCGUUAUUUCAAUGGGAAUAUUUUAGAAUUGAUGGAUUAUUCUGUUUACUUUUUUUUUAAUAGUUUAAGCAGCUUUAUCCAAGAAUGAGACAGACGUGUGAAAUUGAGUAAUGUUGUAUCAUAGUCGUUUGCAUUUGCUCACAGAUUUGAACAACUACAUUCGCAGUUAUGUGACUUCGAAAUUAGUGACAUUGUUGCGAAGCUUGCCCAACGUUAGUAGGCGAUAUAUUGAAUAUUUCUAUAAUUUCUGUGACAGAUAUUUCACAUUGUAUGUUAAUCUAUGAAUCUAAGUGCAAAAGUGACAUCUUUUUUUCCUAUCACUGUUUAUUACUAAAAGUAACUUCAGACAUCAGGCUGACUAAUGAUAUCAGUUAUGUUUCUAUAAAUGACAUAGCAAUG